CCAUAGUGUAUAUACCUUAUAGGGUUCCUAAUGAGAACAUGUUUGAUUCCUCCAGCUAGAGAUCUGUCCAGUUGUUAAUGUGAAGGCGUCCCCGCGCGCGCCGCCGCCGCCGCCGGGGACCUGGCCUUCUUCCAGCUCUCUUGGAAAAAAAUAACGACGUCCAAUGCAGUACUUAAUGGAGAAAAUGUCCUCGUCGGAUGCACCGCCUAUGUGUUUCGAUAUGUUAAAAACAAUCACAGAUGAUUUUUCGGAAAACAUGAAAAUUGGUAUUGGUGGCUAUGGAGAAGUUUACAAGGGAUUACUUAAUGGAGAAGAAAUAGCUGUGAAGAAGCUUUUUCCCAUCCAUGGAAUUGAUGAUGAGGCAUUGGAAAAUGAAUUUCGUAACCUCAAGAAGGUUCGGCAUAAAAAUGUCAUACGGAUGAUUGGUUACUGCUAUGAGAUAUCAUGUAGAGAUGUGGAAUACAAGGGACAAUUAAUUUGGUCUCAAGUAAUAGAAAGGGCACUCUGCUUUGAAUAUAUGAAGGGAGGAAGCCUUGCCAAGCAUAUUUCUGACGACUCAUGCAUACAUGAUUGGCGGACAACCUACAAAAUAAUCACUGGGACUUGCGAGGGCCUGCACCACCUUCACAAAGGAGGAGAACGUAAGCUUUUCCAUCUGGACCUAAAGCUGGAAAAUGUAUUGCUGGAUGAAGAAUUGGUACCCAAAAUAGGAGAUUUUGGUUUACCCCAGCUCUUUGGUAGUUCAUAUACCCACCAAAUAAGCUUUAUGAGGAGAACAAUUGGGUUCAUGCCACAAGAAUACAAAGACAGUCGUGGGGUGUCACCAAAGACUGACGUGUUCAGUCUCGGAGUCAUAAUUUUCCACAUGAUGGCUGGGAAAAAGGGCUAUGACGAUUAUUGGGACGCGCGUCAUCGUCCGAAUUUUUCCCCAAAAAUUCAACAAGAGUUUAUUGAGAGUGUACAAGAAUAUUGGAAGACAAAUAUGCAGACAUCCCAAGGUUAUAGAUGGGACAGAACAGACCUGCUAGGAGUAACGACAUGUAUUCAAUUGGCAAUGCAAUGUGUGGAGGAUGAACGAGACAAAAGACCUUACGUAAGAGAAAUCAUGGGUGAGCUCAAGGAACUAGAUUCUAAGAUGGAGCAGAUGUUAAAGGAAGAUCCGAAACCACCUAUACACAAGCUGUUUUACCAAGGGCUUGCUGAAGCUGAAAGCAUGCAUGCUACUGAGCUGAGGGCAAUGACGUUCGAGGAACUCCAUCGCAUGACAGAUGGUUUCUCUGAAAAGCAAUUACUUGGCACGGGUGGGUAUGGAAGGGUUUACAAGGGAGUACUUGAUAACGGGGAAGUGAUUGCCGUGAAGAAACUGUACAACCAGCCCGGACUAGUCGAAGCUGGUUUUAAGAAUGAGCUUCUGAAUCUUAUGAGGGCCCAACAUCAAAAUAUCAUAAGAUUGGUUGGCUACUGCUAUGAAAUACGAGAUAAAGUUGUUGAGUACCAAGGGAGAUUUGUUGUUGCUGACGAGCAAGAAAUAGCUCUAUGUUUGGAAUACAUGCAGGGUGGAACCCUUGAGGAGCUUCUUUCCGAUGAAUUAAUAAGUUGGGAGGCACGUUACAGAAUAAUUAAAGGGAUAUGUCAGGGUUUAAAGCAUCUUCACACGGGAUCCAAAGAUCCUAUUUACCAUCUGGACUUAAAACCUGCAAACAUAUUGCUGGAUAAGGACCUGAUACCAAAAAUUGGAGAUUUUGGCUUGUCAAGACUUCUUGGUUCAAUGGGAACAUUUGUCACAAAAACAAAUUCAGGAACACGUAUAUACAUGCCACCAGAGUACACGUACGGGCUACAAAUCUCCUCGAAGUUUGAUGUGUUCAGCCUGGGUAUUAUAAUCAUACAAGUAAUAGCAGGAGCAGAGGGCUACUACAAUUUCAAAUGUGUAUAUAAGUCUCCCAAGGAAUUCGUUGAACAUGUUACCGGAAACUGGUCCAGCCGGGUGCAGGCAAAUGCAAUGUCGACGGAAGCAUUACUGGAGGUUCAGAAAUGCAUCGAGAUGGCGUUAAGAUGUGUGGAGGACGAUCGAGCAAAGAGGCCCAGUAUAACCGAGAUUGUCGAAGAACUCAAUAUGACUUAGUAAACUGCGGCCUUAAUUUGAUGCUGAUUGAUGCCGGAGACAAAACCACCGCUGCAGCGUGAUCCAUAUAUAUAGAGGCAAGAAAUGCUGCAUGUGCGCGGCCGUGUGGCUCUUGGCGAAGUUGCAGCGGUAUGGACGUGUACCUGCAGAAAUAGGUUGCUGAAACAUGGAGCAGCUAGUGUCAGCAUCGUUCCAGCCCGUCCAUGCUCUAACAUGGAUCUGGGCAUCUAUGUGCCAUUCAGAUUGUCCCUUGAAGAGACGCUAAUACGCAGAGAUUAACAAGUCAUGCGCAUCUCCCAAAAGAUUAAGGAGUGCUCUGGCUUCAGUGGUUGCUUGACAUAUUUGGAGGUAGAGCGUAACCGGAGAAUUCUUCAUGGCGUUUCCGCCUUUGCCUAAUUCGUGUUGAUCUCGACCUGCUAGUCGAGCCUUUUCUUCCA